CGCCUUGCUGCUGUGCCCGGACUCCCCCAGUCUCCGGCUGCUUGUUUUUCUGAGUUGAAGAGCCGCAGUGGAAGGAACAGGAGCAGAGCUUGUGAGAGCAUCUGUCCUCAUCCCCCCGCCUUCAAAGCCGUACAGAAGUUUGUGAAAGCUGUGUCACUUGAGGCCAUCAAUGCUAAGAGAAGAUGAAAGAUUUAGAUUUAGGAGUGGAAUAUGUCAUACCCAGCCUGGGCUACAGAAAUGUUCGGGAGCAAAGCAACCAAGAUGAGAAAAAUGAGUCAGAAGACUUAAAAUAUCAGAAAUCCCAGCAUGUGGAUUGCCAGGAUGCUUUGGAAGCUGCCGCUCGAGCUGAGGGACUUCCCUUGGACAUCUCUGUACAUUCCCAUUUGCAGAUGCUGGAUGAGGACCAUCAUAAAGGCAAAUACCACCAUGGUCUCCACCUCCUGAAACCCAUUCGGUUUACUUCCAAAAACCAGCAUCCGGUGGACAACGCUGGCCUCUUCUCCUUUAUGACUUUCUCGUGGCUCACACCUAUGGCCCGUUUAGCAUACAAAAAGGGGGAGCUGUUUCUAGACGAUAUCUGGUCGCUGUCAAAAUACGAGUCUUCUGAUGUAAACAGCCGACGGUUGGAGAAAUUGUGGCUGGCGGAGUUGACCGAGCGGGGUGCGGAUGAGUCCUCUCUGCGCAGUGUUGUGUGGAAGUUCUGUCGCACCAGGCUCAUUAUCUCCAUCAUGUGCCUAAUGCUUACCCAGCUGGCUGGCUUCAUUGGUCCAGCAUUUGUAGUGAAAAGCCUUUUGGAGUAUACUCAGCAAAACGAUACAGAUCUUGCUUACGCCUUACUCUUAGUGUUUGGUCUGCUGUUGACUGAGAUUGUGCGUUCCUGGUCCCUGGCGCUUACCUGGGCGUUGAAUUACCGGACUGGCUCCCGGCUCAGAGGAGCAAUACUGACCAUGGCCUUUAAAAAGAUCCUUAAGCUAAAGAACAUUAAGGAGAAGUCAAUGGGAGAGCUGAUAAAUGUCUGCUCCAGUGAUGGACAGCGAAUGUUUGAGGCUGCCGCAGUUGGCAGUCUCCUGGCUGGAGGACCCAUUGUUGCCAUUUUAGGAAUGAUCUACAAUGUCUUUAUAUUGGGUCCUACUGGUUUCCUAGGUUCUGCUGUCUUCAUACUCUUCUAUCCAGCUAUGAUGUUUGUAUCCCGAUUAACUGCAUAUUUCAGAAGGAAAUGUGUGUCAGUUACUGACGAACGGGUACAAAAGAUGAAUGAAGUCCUGAACUACAUCAAAUUUAUAAAAAUGUAUGCGUGGGUGAAGGCAUUCUCUCAAAACGUGCAGAAAAUUCGAGAAAACGAGAGGAAGAUACUGGAGAAAGCAGGCUAUUUCCAGAGCAUUACUGUAGGGAUUGCCCCUAUUGUGGUUGUGAUUGCCAGCGUGGUGACCUUUUCUGUUCAUAUGAUGCUGGGAUAUGACCUCACUGCUGCUCAGGCUUUCACUGUUGUCACAGUCUUCAACUCCAUGACUUUUGCCCUAAAAGUGACACCCUUCUCUGUGAAGUCGCUUUCAGAAGCCUCUGUAUCCAUGGAGCGGUUCAAAAGUUUAUUUCUAAUGGAAGAGGUUCACAUGGUAAAGAAAAAGCCAUCCAGCCCAAACCUCAUCAUACAGCUGAAAAAUGCCACCUUGGCUUGGGAUUCAACCCAUGCCAGUACCCAGUGCUCUCCGAAGGCUACCCCAAAACUGAAAAAAGAAAAGAAAGGCGCUAAGGUGAAGAGAGAGAAGGAGAAGGCCAGUCUGCAGGACGAAGGGCUGCAAGCUGUUCUGGCAGAACAGAAAGGACAUCUUCUGGUGGAUAGUGAUGAUCACCCUAGUCCUGAUGAAGAUGGCAAAGACAUUCCAUUAUCAAACGUGAGACUCCAGAGGGCCCUCUACAACGUUGACUUAGACAUAGAGAAGGGGAAGCUAAUAGGAAUAUGCGGUAGUGUUGGGAGUGGAAAAACAUCUCUGAUCUCUGCCAUUCUAGGACAGAUGACUUUGUUGGAGGGCAGCAUCGCCGUCAAUGGCACAUUUGCAUAUGUUGCUCAACAGGCCUGGAUAUUAAAUGCUUCUUUCAGGGACAAUAUCCUGUUUGGCAAGGAGUUUGAGGAGGAAAGGUACAAUAAUGUCCUGAGUGUUUGUUGUUUGAGACCAGACUUGGCUAUCCUACCUAACAGUGAUUUAACAGAGAUUGGCGAACGUGGAGCAAAUCUAAGUGGUGGUCAGAGACAGAGGAUCAGCCUGGCAAGGGCUCUGUAUAGUGACCGUAGCAUCUACAUUCUGGACGACCCUCUCAGUGCCUUAGAUGCCCACGUGGGCAAUCACAUCUUCAACAGCGCCAUCAGAAAGCACCUUAAGUCUAAAACCAUCCUGUUUAUCACUCACCAGCUUCAGUAUCUUGUGGACUGUGAUGAAGUGAUUUACAUGAAAGAAGGGUGUAUCACUGAAAAAGGAACACAUGAGGAACUCAUCAAACUGAAUGGAGAAUAUGCUACUGUCUUCAAUAAUCUCCAGUUUGGAGAAGCCCCUCACAUUGAGAUAUGCCUAAAAAAGAAUGUGAGUAGUUCACUGAAGAAGCCUCUGGAGAAAGGAAAUAAGCCUGGCUCUGUCAAGAAAGAAAAGACUGUGAAAAAGGAAGAAGGUCAAUUAAUGCAAAUGGAAGAGAAAAUGAAAGGCUCCGUGAGUUGGUCGGUUUAUGGAAAUUACAUCCAAGCAGCUGGAGGUCCAUUCGCUUUCCUGGUCAUUAUGAUGCUAUUUGUGCUGAACGUAGGAAGCACUGCAUUCAGCAACUGGUGGCUCAGUUACUGGAUCAAACAAGGCAGCGGGAACACAUCUGUUCUACUGCAUAAUGAGACUAUGGUGAGCACAAGUAUGAAGGAUAAUCCAGACAUGCUGUACUAUACAAGGAUCUAUGCACUCUCUAUGUUUGUGAUGCUCAUACUCAAAGCUGUGCGUGGUGUGGUAUUUGUCAAGGGCACAUUACGAGCCUCCUCCAAGCUCCAUGAUGAACUAUACCGCCGCAUCCUUAGGAGCCCAAUGAAAUUCUUCGACACUACACCCACUGGCCGUCUUCUCAACAGGUUCUCUAAAGACAUGGAUGAGGUUGAUGUCCGUCUGCCAUUUCAAGCUGAAAUGUUUGUACAGAAUGUCAUUCUGGUCUUCUUCUGUCUGGGAGUAAUUUCUUUCGUUUUCCCGUGGUUUCUGGUGGCCGUUGGACCUCUUGUUGUCUUGUUCACCAUUUUGCAUGUAGUGUCCAGAGUUUUUAUUCGAGAGUUGAAGCGUCUGGAUAACAUUACACAGUCCCCUUUUCUGUCGCAUAUCACAUCGAGUAUACAAGGGCUUUCUACAAUCCAUGCGUACAGCAAAGGCAAUGAAUUCCUGCAAAGAUACCAAGAGUUGCUGGACAAUAACCAGGCCCCGUUUUACCUGUUUAAUUGCGCCAUGCGUUGGUUGGCAAUACGUUUGGAUGUCAUUAGCGUGUCUCUGAUCACCACUACUGGUCUCAUGAUCAUCCUCAUGCACGGAAAGAUCUCUCCAGCGUAUGCUGGGCUUGCUAUGUCCUAUGCGGUGCAGCUGACAGGUCUGUUCCAGUUCACAGUAAGACUUGCCUCAGAGACUGAAGCUCGCUUCACCUCCGUAGAACGGAUCAGCCAUUACAUUAAGACUCUGGCACUAGAGGCUCCAGCGCGUAUUAAGAAUAAGGCCCCCCCGGCAGAUUGGCCCCAGGAAGGGGAGAUUGCAUUUGAAAAUGCAGAGAUGAGGUACAGAGAGAACCUUCCACUGGUAUUGAAGAAAGUAUCAUUUACCAUCAAACCCAAAGAGAAGAUUGGAAUUGUGGGCAGGACGGGGUCAGGAAAAACCUCCCUUGGAAUGGCCCUCUUCCGGUUGGUUGAACUCUCUGGUGGUUGUAUAAAGAUUGACGGUGUUAAAAUCAGUGAUAUUGGCCUGGCGGACCUUAGGAGCAAACUUUCCAUUAUACCUCAAGAGCCUGUCCUGUUCAGCGGGACUGUCAGAUCAAACCUGGAUCCCUUUAACCAGUACAGUGAGGAGCAGAUAUGGGACGCUCUGGAGAGGACACACAUGAAAGAAUGCAUUGCACAGCUACCUCUGAAACUUGAAACAGAAGUCAUGGAAAAUGGAGAAAACUUCUCUGUGGGAGAACGGCAGCUCAUGUGUAUUGCCAGGGUUCUGCUGCGCCGGUGCAAGGUUCUGAUCCUGGAUGAAGCUACAGCAGCCAUGGAUGCUGAGACUGACGUUCUGAUCCAGGAAACAAUAAGAGAAGCGUUUGCAGACUGUACAAUGCUGACCAUUGCCCACCGGCUCCACACUGUACUAGGCUCAGACCGCAUUAUGGUGCUUGCACAAGGACAGGUGAUGGAAUAUGAUACCCCAUCUGCCCUGUUGUCCAAUGAGAACAGCCGGUUUUAUGCCAUGUUUGCUGCAGUAGAAAACAAGGUUACAAUGAAGGGCUGAAUAUGAUUGUCAAAGCUAUUCCCCACACGGUGGGGCUGUGUGCUGCUUCUCAUUCCCUGCCUGUGGCAGGCUCACUCCCUACUAUCUCAUUCUUUUCAUGACUGAAAAUAUGGUAUACUCUACCUUUUUUAUUUUCCUUUUUAUUUUGUUUUUAGUAUUUUAAUUUUUAUUUAGCACAAUCCAAUUUCAGGACUGAUUUAAGUUUGUUUUUGUUUGUUUUUUAAUUGUUUGAAAAUUAUUCAUGUUCUAUUGUAUUUAUUCCUAUAACUAAUGGUAAAAAAAAUAUAUGCGUUUUUUGUUAUGAAAUGCACUGAAAAAGGAAAAAAAAUGGUUCAGGCAACCAUAGUACUGUAUGUAGCUGGCUUAGAAUGGAGCUUUCUACAUGCAACUGUAUAUAGCCUAUAUUUACUGUGAAGAUGUAAGCUGGUUUAUUUUAUAUUAAAAUGAGCACUGGGUUAAA